GGAGUUAUGAUACAGAUAAUUUCCGCUAUUGGUGUUAUUUGACAGUACUGUAAAGAUUGACAAGAAACACGCAGUUCAGAGGCCGUUGAUGGACCAGCCUGGUGAAGAGGCGGGGUUAGAAUGGGACAGAGCACCUCGGAACAAGAGGGCCAAGAACAUGCAGAUGCCCCUCUGGAAGAAGGUUUUAAUAACAUCAAGGCGUUUGUGGAGGAAGAACUACAGACGAGCAUGAUGAUGGGGAUGGUGAUUGGUGCGGGCAUCGCCAUAAUCCUCAUCGCCAUCCUCAUCUUCUUCAUGCUGCGGAGGAUCCAGCUCAGAAACCUGCAAGCCCAGGAGGCCCCCAAGUAUCGAUUCCGCAAGAGGGACAAGGUCAUGUUCUAUGGGCGAAAGAUCAUGCGCAAGGUGUCCCAGUCCACCUCUUCCCUGGUGGGCACAGCCUCCUCCUCGCGCCCACGACUCAAAAAGAAGCAGAAAAUGCUCAACAUUGCCAAAAAGAUUCUGCGUUUUAAGAAGGAGGUGCCCACCCUGGUAGCUAAGGAGCCUCCUCCCUCGGUGCUGGAGGCCGACCUUACAGAGUUUGACGUGGCCAACUCCCACCUGCCCUCCGAGGUGCUCUACAUGCUCAAGAACGUCCGUGUGCUGGGCCACUUUGAGAAGCCUCUGUUCCUGGAGCUGUGUAAACACAUGGUGUUCCUGCAGUUCCAACAGGGAGAGUACGUCUUCAGACCGGGCCAGCCUGACAGCAGCAUCUACGUGGUGCAGGACGGAAAACUAGAACUGUGCCUUACUGGAAUGGAUGGCAAGGACGGUGUGGUGAAGGAGGUGUACCCCGGAGACAGUGUCCACAGCCUCCUCAGCAUCCUGGACGUCAUCACCGGACACCAGAAGCCGUACAGGACAGUGUCGGCGCGGGCGGCUGAGGUGUCCACCGUACUGCGUCUACCUGUCGAGGCCUUCCUCUCCAUCUUCGAGAAGUACCCUGAGAGCCUGGUGCGGGUUGUCCAGAUCAUCAUGGUUCGUCUCCAAAGAGUAACCGUUCUGGCGUUGCACAACUACCUAGGGCUCACCAACGAGCUCUUUAGCCACGAGAUGCAGCUCCUGCGCCUGCUGCCCCUGUCCCCCCACCCCGUGCCCCGCACCAGCCCCCAGCGCCACGGCAAGCGUUUCGGUAGCCUGACCGUGCCCGUGGAGGACCGCGAGGCCGCCGUGAAGGAYGCACCAGAUYCUGGGAAGGAUGGAGCCACAGUCCCACCAACCCUCAGCAGGACCAUCUCCAUGCCUGUAGACAUCGCCGGCAUGCAGAAGAAUCUGCGGUCGGAUUUCGACAUGGCCUACGAGAGAGGACGGAUCUCAGUUUCCGCUGAGGACGGCAACACGCCACCCACCUAUACACGGGACCAGCGGGAGAGGAGGGUGACCGUAGAYGAGGUGCCGUCGGGGGUGUACCUKUACCCYGAGGAGGAGGGGGGUCCGGACAACCAGUUCUCACCAGGACCAGGACCCGUCCCCGGUCGCCCCAGCCCUGCCCUGUUCGAGGAGGCCCUGAAGGAGCUCCUCAAACUCAUGAGGAUAGAGGAUCCCGCUCUGCUGAAUGGGAGAGUGACUCUGCACCAUGCCAAGGCAGGAACCGUGCUGGCUAGACAAGGAGACCAGGAUGUGAGUCUCCACUUCGUCCUGUCCGGCUGUCUCCACGUGUACCAGCGGAUGAUCGACAAGCAAGAUGCGGUGUGUCUGUUUGUCACCCAGCCGGGUGAGAUGGUGGGCCAGCUGGCCGUGUUGACUGGAGAACCCCUCAUCUUCACCAUCAAGGCCAACAGAGACUGCACCUUCCUCAAGAUCUCCAAGUCUGACUUCUACGAGAUCAUGAGAGAACAGCCCAGUGUGGUUCUGAGUGCAGCCCACACCGUAGCCAUCCGCAUGUCCCCCUUCGUCAGACAGAUGGACUUCGCCAUAGACUGGAUGGCUGUGGAGGCCGGCAGAGCCCUCUAUAGGCAGGAUGACCAGUCGGACUGCACCUACAUAGUUCUGAACGGACGUCUACGUUCUGUUAUACGUAAAGCUAACGGGAAGAAGGAGCUGGUAGGAGAGUACGGUCGAGGAGACCUCAUAGGAGUGGUUGAGGCUCUGACCCGACAGCCCAGAGCCACUACGGUCCACGCGGUCAGAGACACAGAGCUGGUCAAGCUACCAGAGGGAACGCUCAACAACAUCAAGAGGAGGUACCCACAGGUGGUCACCAGGUUGAUCCACCUGCUGGGACAGAAGAUCCUGGGGAACCUGCAACAGGCCCGCGGACCAUUCUCAGGUUCUGCCCUCGGCCUGUCCAGCGUAGCGUCCAGCCCUGACGUCACAAACCCGGCCAGUAACUUGUCCACUGUGGCCGUACUGCCCAUCUGUGACGAGGUGCCAAUCAACGCCUUCAACCUGGAGCUCAGCCACGCCCUCAGCGCCAUAGGACCUACCCUGCUGCUGACCAGUGACAUCAUCAGAGAGCGACUGGGGGCCUCCGCUCUGGAUAAUAUCCAUGAGUACCGUCUGUCUGGCUGGCUGGCCCAGCAGGAGGACAUCAACAGGAUAGUCCUGUACCAGACAGAUAGCAGUAUGACCCCCUGGACCCAGCGCUGCAUCAGACAGGCUGACUGCAUCCUCAUUGUGGGCCUGGGGGAACAGGAACCUGCACUGGGACAGUUAGAGCAGAUGUUGGAGAACACCGCGGUGAGGGCCCUGAAACAGCUGGUGCUGCUCCAUAAAGAGGACGGGUCGGGGCCCUCCAGGACCGUAGAGUGGCUCAACAUGAGGAGCUGGUGCUCUGGACACCUCCACCUCCGCUGCCCCCGUCGGGUCUUCUCACGACGCAGCCCCUCAAAACUGAGGGAGGUGUAUGAGAAGGUGUUUGAGAAGACAGCGGACAGACACAGUGAUUUCUCUCGGCUGGCCCGGGUACUGACUGGGAACAGCAUCGCUGUGGUGCUAGGAGGAGGAGGAGCCAGAGGCUGCUCCCACGUGGGAGUGAUCAAGGCCAUGGAGGAGGCAGGGAUUCCCAUCGACAUCGUGGGCGGGACGUCCAUCGGGUCGUUCAUCGGGGCGCUGUACGCCGAGGAGAGGAGUGCGGUGCGCACCAAGCAGAGAGCCCGCGAGUGGUCCAAGGCGAUGAACUCCGUAUUCAAAACCAUCCUUGACCUGACCUAUCCCAUCACCUCAAUGUUCACCGGCGCCGCCUUCAACACCAGCAUCUCCAAAGUGUUCCAGGAAAAGCAGGCUGAGGACCUGUGGUUGCCCUACUUCAACGUGACUACUGACAUCACGGCAUCCGCCAUGCGUGUGCACCAAGACGGGUCACUGUGGCGCUAUGUGAGGGCGAGCAUGACCCUCUCAGGGUACCUGCCGCCCCUCUGCGACCCCAAAGAUGGCAACUUGCUUAUGGACGGGGGCUACAUCAACAACCUGCCAGCGGACAUCGCGAGGAACAUGGGCGCCAAGACUGUCAUCGCCAUCGACGUAGGUAGCCAGGACGAGACGGACCUCUGUAACUAUGGCGACAGUCUGUCGGGCUGGUGGUUGCUGUGGAAACGGAUCAACCCCUGGGCAGAGAAAGUGAAGGUUCCAGACAUGGCAGAGAUCCAGUCCAGGCUGGCCUAUGUGUCGUGUGUACGUCAGCUGGAAGUGGUUAAGAAGAGUGCCUACUGCGAGUAUAUCAGACCACCCAUCGACCGCUUCAAGACAAUGGACUUCGGCAAGUUUGAYGAGAUCUACGAUGUGGGCUACCAGCACGGCAAGCUGCUCUUCACCGGCUGGGCCCGUGGUGACAUCAUCGACAACAUGCUCAAGGACCACCGCUCGGCAGACUACAACGACAGCAAGACCAAGACGGACUCCUAUACGUGUCCAGGGUCAGACUUCACUGACCUGGCUGAGAUAGUGUCCAGGAUUGAGCCGGUCCAGACCUACGUCGAUCCYGACGCUGAUGCUGCUGAGGCGGGGGAUGAGUCGGACUGCCUGACGGAGUAUGAGGAGGACGGGAUGGACACGGUGAGAGAAGUGGAGGAGGAGGAAGAGGAGGAGGAAGAGGGGGAACAGGAACUCGAUGACCUCUCCCCCAGAGAGUGGGGCCAGAACGGAGUCUUCCAGGCGGAUGAGGAGAAGUCAGUCCGCCAGCGGAGGAAAACAGAAGGUGACUCCAACACCUACUCCGAGCUCUCCGACUGCUGACAGGAGGAGAG